CAGCCAGACUAGCAGUCAGUGCGGACUGUGACGUGAUCAUUGGAGGACGUAUAUCAUUGCUGCUCCUCCCUUCACUAAUACUACACUGCUAACAAAAAUGACACUCGUUCCUAGCUAGAAUAUCGCCACAAUGUUCGAAAGUCUGGUAUCGGAGCUGUUAAAUAGGGUGCUGGGGACCUACAUCGAGAACCUGGAUGGUUCGAAACUCAAGCUGAGCAUCUGGGGAGGUGAUGUCGAGUUGCUGGAACUGGAGGUGAAGCAGAGUGCCCUUGAUGAGCUCAACCUUCCUGUUCGACCGGUCUUUGGCCAUAUAGGGCGUUUAACACUAAAGAUACCUUGGUCACAGUUGUAUAGUGCACCAUGGGUGGCUAUAGUGGAAAGGUUGUUAGUCAUUGUGGUGCCUAACACAUCCAUCAAAUAUGAUGCUGAUCGCGAAGAAAAGUUGCUGCAAGAGAUAAAGAUGUCCACACUUCAGCGGGCAGAAAGUGCAAAGCUGAAGAUUAAAGAAAUGGAGAAAGGUAGUAAAUUAAAAUCUCAAGACAGUUUUCAUGAGAAGCUGAUUGCCCAAGUUAUACGCAACAUUCAGGUAACCAUACGGGACAUCCACAUCAGGUAUGAGGACUCUGUUAGCUGUUCCAGUGCUCCAUUUGCUGCUGGUGUAACCUUGCAUGACCUCUCCAUGAAGAGCACUAACUCAGAUUGGAAGCCAUGCUUAGACACAGACAAACUAAUUUAUAAGCUGAAUAGCCUUGAUAGUUUAGGCAUUUACUGGAAUCCGAAUGCCGAGCUGCUGUCAGAGUUAAACCAGUCUAAAGAGAAGACAGUCCAGUGCCUUACCAGUCUCAUAGCUGCACAAGAACAUCUACCUCAGGGAAUGAAAUACAUUAUUGGACCAAUUUGCUCAAUAGCAAAACUACAAAUAGACUCAAAACCUGAAGAUGAUGAACCAAGUUUUUCCAUUCCUGUGAUUAAUCUUGAUUUUGUCAUGGAUGAGCUGGCAAUAGGACUAAGUCGCCAUCAGUACUCAAAUAUUAUGGCCCUUCUUGACUCCUUUGAUCGACUGAAAGUAUCCUCGAAGUUCCGCAAGUUCCGACCAGCCAUCAACAGGAUAAAGGGCAAUGCUCGUAAAUGGUGGCUAUAUGCCUAUGAGUGCAAACUCGAGAACAUCCGCCGUGUUCACAAGAAUUGGUCCUGGAAGCACAUAAAGGAACAUCGAACUACUUGUCGAAAUUAUAUGGCGGCAUAUAAAGCCAAGUUGAAGAACAAGAGGCUCUCUGCUAAGGAGAUAAAAGAUAUUAAAGAGAGUGAACAAAUACUUGAUGUUUUUAACAUUACACUUGUCAGGAGGCAAGCAGAAAUGGAGGUAAGAGAUUUGAUUUGUUGGGGUAAAGGAGGAUGGACUCGGUUAAGAAAACAUUAUUGGAGAGAGGGGGUAAAGGAGGUUUUGUGGGUAAGGGGCUUGGACUUCCAGCAAGCGUGCGUGAGCGUGUUAUAUAGGAGUGAAUGGAGACGAAUGGUACUUGGGACCUGACGAUCUGUUGGAGUGUGAGCAGGGUAAUAUUUAGUGAAGGGAUUCAGGGAAACCGGUUAUUUUCAUAUAGUCGGACUUGAGUCCUGGAAAUGGGAAGUACAAUGCCUGCACUUUAAAGGAGGGGUUUGGGAUAUUGGCAGUUUGGAGGGAUAUGUUGUGUAUCUUUAUAUGUGUAUGCUUCUAGACUGUUGUAUUCUGAGCACCUCUGCAAAAACAGUGAUAAUGUGCGAGUGUGGUGAAAGUGUUGA